AUGAGCGACUCGGAAAGCGACGCUGAGGACCGAGAACAUCCGGAGCUGCUGAAACGGUGCUUCCAGCGUGCAAAGAAGCGUGUGGAGGCGACUGGGCGUGGUCUUGAGGCUCGUGCCGCAGAGACACCCCUGGACAGCGCCGUCCUCGGGAACCUUGACCAGGUGGCCUUAAGCUGCAGCGAGGCUCUGGCGCGGGAGGACACUGAGGCCCUGACAUGGGCGCUGGAGCGGGGCCGCGCAAGCAUCGCUGCCGCCGCCAAUGUGAGCGGCGAAGACGGAGUGAGCGGGUCGAGGCGGCCGGCGCAGCGGGGGCCGUUUGGCCCGGAGCCGCCCAAGAGGCACUGGCUAAACAGCUGGCGCCCAAUUCCUGACGCAGCGGCCGACGUGAUCAAGCCGACCCAGAGUGAGGCGCUUGCGGGCCAUGAUCCGAAGCUGGCGCACGAGGGGCCCAAACCAAAGGCGGCCCAAGAAGCUGUGGGCAAAGAACCAUCGCUGAAGGAGCGGGCAGAUGCCCAAGCGCGGGCCGGGGAAUAUGCGGCUGCGCUGAGGAUGUACGAGGAGCUCCUGGAGCAGGGCGGCGCUGAUCGCCUGGCGGUGCUCUGCAACGCCGCACUCAUGGCGCUGAAGGUGGCGCCCGAGCAGUGCCGUUGGGCUUCGGUCAAGCAAAUGCUGCAGCUCGCGCUGAAGUACAGCGACGAGGCACUUCGCUUGAACCCCAACAACGUGAAGGCACACUUCCGGCGCGGCUGUGCGCUCGAGGCGCUGGAGCGGUUCAGGGAUGCCUACUUUGCCUACAAGGAUGCGCUGGCACUCGACCCAGAGGACCCGAAAGUCCGCGCAGCGUUUGACCGAAUUGGUCGCUAUGGGCCCAGCGAGCUGGGGCCAGACCUCAAGGCGCAGAUCGAGGCGGAGAGGGGUCCGAGGCAGAUGCGGAAGGGUGGCAAGGCGGUUUCCGCUCCCAAAGUGGAGCGGCCACCAGAUGGGCCGUGGUCAGAGUGCUGCUUGUGCAAGGGCGCGAUGGCUGUGGGCGACGAGAAGUUUGCGUCCCCCUGUGGGCACGGACCCUUCUGCGGGGCCUGCCGGCGGCGCAUCGAGGAGGAUGGGCGAGGCUUGCAGCUUUGUGCAAUUUGCCAGCACGAGGGUGCCAGCGCCGAGCGGGUGCUCAUCGAAGCGUGGCUUGGGGCAGAGACCAUACAGCCGGAGCGGAAAGGGCCGCCCUCACGGCCCUUUGGCCCACGGCUGCCUCCAGAAAUGCAGCCGAAAGCGCCCCCCACCUUCCCACCGCGGGAGGAGGUGGCUGCUGAUGCAACGCAGGGCUUCUUGCAGCUCAUGGAUUGA